AUGUUCCCCCUCUCUUCUACCCGUGUCGUCGUCGCCUUGGCUGCUUUGGCCUCUGUGGUAUCUACGACGAGCAUCGCUGACAAGCGUCAGGUUACUUUAACCUGCCCCUCUGACACAGGAACAGCUACUUGCUGCUACGAAUUUGUCGACCCGGCGUCCGUCUCCGACAUCCUCUCCCUCGCCGGCAUCUACUCUACUAGUCUGACGGGCGAAGUCGGUCUGUUCUGUGGUCCAGACAUAGAUAGUGGCUGUGGCUCUAUCGAGCAAGCUGCUUGUUGCACGGGCGGUGUCACUCUCCCUGUAAUUGGCGAAAGCAUUGCCACCGGCUGCACAAACGUCUCUGCUUGA